ACUGUUAUCAUUUGAAAAUAAACGGUACCCAGUGCGCGUCGUCUUCUGCAAAAUUUGUGUGAAAUUUUCGUAAACCAUUUAAUUAGUGUUGAACGUAUAUUCUAAGCAGAAAAACAAAAGCAACAACAUGACAUCCACCGAAUUGAAAAUUGGCAUGACCUGCAGCGCUCGUCCCUCCAGCCGUGUACUGAAGCCUCCAGGCGGCGGACACACCAAUAUCUUCUCGGAGCCAGACGUUGCCGUACCCGCCCCACGCCCAAAAUACAAUCAGCAGAAUUCUUCCAAUCUGAAUGCCUGCAUGGGAUCGACUGACCCCAACAAGGUGGUGGAGAAAUUGCGCGACGAGGUAACCACUCCGAAGGAGGAAUCCAAGCCCACUGCCAACAGUCAGCCAAAAGAUUCGGGCAACAAGCCGGCGGCCACGAAUGGCGAGGCGCGCGGACGAGUGCCACCCGGUGGAUUCUCGUCGGGCGGCUUCUGGUAGAAGAGGAGUCCCCAGACAAGCAUUUAAUGACUCAUACAUCCUCAACCACCACCCACAUAGACAUACUACACAUACAAUCAUGAACUAAAUAUAAAUCGCUUAUAAACAUACGUAUACACCUCUACAUACAUACCUACACUACAUAUACAUACAUAUUAAAAGAAGCAUUAUAUUCAAAAAAUAAUCUGCUGGAACAAGGAAGCCGCAGAAAUACUUAGCUCUCCAAAACUAUCCCCCCUAUCCCCUAAUUCGUUGCCUUUAAAUGUAUUUCAUUAUUAUUCUAAAACGUCUAACGCAUUUGUUGAAAAUUUAAGUGACUCGUGAUUCCGCCCUAACAAAAAAUAACAAAGAUAAAGAACCAUGACUAAAGCUGUACCACCUAACAAAAACAACUUCCAAAACGAAGCUUGAUUUUUUGCAUUUUGUACUUAAAGAGAGGAAACUUCUAAUAGUUUGUCCAACAAAAAAAACAUCAACCUUACCCUUUUCUAACUAUCGAUGUAAUAUUCCAAAAAUAAAAGAAAAAAACAUUUAAUUAUAAA